UACGCAGCCACCAGUAAUGAAUUAAAUGUAUGUAAUGUAUAACAGGAAUUUCGCUACUUAGACCAACAGUAGAGCUAGUGCUUCCACGACCAGCGUGACGAUCGAUACAAGUAUUGAUUCGCGUGAAGGGCUGGGCGACCAAAACAGAAGCGCUGCCAUUUUGGUUCCAAUGAAUAUCUGUAUAAAUCAGUGGACGAAUUCUUGAUUUGAAGAACAUCGACCAUAUCUCAAAAUGAAGGGCGGCACUAUCUGUUUCCUCCUUCUUGUGGUGGCUUGUACUCUUGUUCAAGGAAAAAGGAUGAAACAACGACAUAUCAGAGCGGCUGAAGAGAUCAAAGAGCUCCAAAUUAACCAUGACCUCGUUAGAACAAAAAGAAAGUUAAGUGACCCAGCUCUGACCCGAAUGAAGCGUUUACAAGAGCCCCCGGAACCCUAUUUAGAUAGAACGAAGCGUACAAGAAGAUCUUUACGCGCCAAAUACCCGCAUAUAAAGGAAAGGCCACUUCACCGAAUGAAGAGAGUACCGAAAGAAGCUGUCCUCCACCGCACGAAGAGAGUUCCGAAAGAAGCUGUCCUCCACCGCGCGAAGAGAGUUCGGGCCGAAAAGACGCUCAAGCGUAUUAAGCGUCUCCGUCGCGAUCUUCGGACACAAUUGAUGCGUCAUCGUCGAAAUACUUUUUCAAGUACGCAUCCCUUGAAAAUCCCAAUAAUGAAACGUGCCCACAAACACCGGAUGAUGAGACCACGUCCGGAUAAUCGAAAUCAGGCCAGGCUAAAUCGAAUGAAGGCUGCCAUCGGGAAUCACAUUCAGCAACGCAAACGGAACCAUUUCAUGCGCCACAAAGUGAAUGGUCCUACGCACAAGAAGAAUGACGUCAUGCGUAAAAAGAAUGAAGUUGCACAUAAAAAGAUGAUAACGAAGAAGAAGAAACAGCACACUAAAAGCGAUAAAAAACACCAUGUCCAAGUCCAUGCUAACUGAACAAAAGUAUGUGAAAAAUGAAGUUGAAGGAGAAAAAUGUAUGAAGUGUUUAUAAAAUUCUCAAAAGCGUCAAUCAAAAUUUGAUUAGGUACACGAAAAUGUAUUUGAAAUGCUAACGUUCGAAAAGUAUGACGAAAACUGAUUUUAUGAACGUUUUCCUUUUUAAAGUAGACUCUAUUUACACAAUUUGGAUAUGGUCCCUUUACACUACAGGUGCUUAAAAAGCAACCAAUAUGUCGUUAAAAUAAUGAUGCAUGGAUUUCAUUUUCCUGUAGGGUAUCAUAUUGUUGCAAUUUACUUACAAUUAUUAUAUAGUUAGAUCACAUAGUGGAAAUAUGAACACAGCCUUCAUUUACAUCCGGAAUUAAUGGUCCGGGGGCUCUGGAAAUUAAGGAUGCGGGGAAUCUGGACUAUAACUUUUUGUGUUCAGCUCCGUUUCUCAAAAAGCAUCAAUGCUAUUUCAACCACAUGGAAUAUAGUUGCAUUGUAGCAAAAACUUCUUAACGCACCCUACAGAUGACAUACAUUUUUUUUUUUUUUUUUUGCCGUAUGUUUUGGUUAAACAUUUUGAGAAUUUAAUAUAAAAUAUCUAUUGCCUCUCAAAUUGAUUUACAAAUAAGUUUAUAGCCAAAUUGGAAUAAUUUCUGUAAUGAAUCAGCUGUAUUAUCUUCUUAUUUUUCAAGGUUAGAAAUAUAUAUUAAGGUGAAGUUUGAGAAGUUUGAGAUUUUGUGAAAUUUAAUAUUUGUUUUCGCAAUGCAUCAACAUUACACAUGUCUAUAAUGUAUACAGGGUGCUGUGAAACUGUCAGGUGGAGGUUAUUUUCAUAUCUUUUUUUGUUGUUUUUAGAAAAAAAUACUGAAAUUUCAGUGAGUUUUGGAUUGUGCUUUCUAUAGUGAUAGACAGUGACAGGCGAGACAUCUAAUUUCGUUCAAUUCUUGUUCCUUUUUAAUUUUGAAGUUAAAGUAAAUAUGUAUUAAAGUGAUGUGUUACGAACAGUUACAUGUAGUAAAACUGGAUUUGUUAAUGUUUCUGUUCUAUAAAGUAAUGUAUAUCCAUGUUACAUUGAGUAUUUCACUGGAAGGUUUUGUUAUACAAUCGUUUUGCUGAGAUGGUGGACUAAUUUGUUUACUAGACAGGAACUAUAACGUAAAAUCGCAUUGAAUAGUGUUGUUAUUAUGGGUAAGUACAUUCAGAGUUCAUGUGCCAUUGUUAUCUUAUAUCAUCCUGUAGCAGAAUAUUUUUUGUCAUAUUUUGUAAUUUUGAAAUAUUUUUAUAUAGUGUAAAACAAUUAUAUCAAUCAUUACAUAUACAUAUAAUAUAACGGUUGGAUCGUCUGUAUCGGACGAAGAAUGACUUUAGAUAUGCAAAAUCGAAAAAAAGGAACCAGAUUAUUAUGAAGAUAAGUUUAUUAAAUUAUCAAUUUUCUGUCAUUCUUCUUUUUUGUAAUUUACAUAUUUAUGUAUGUAUAUAAAGUAAAACGUUAGAUAACGUGUGUCAUUUAACCUAUCUCUUUGUCAGUUUUCAGUAAUUAAAACAUGAUUUCCCACGUCUCCCCCUUCGCUUUAUGUCUAAAACAAUGAACUAUAUGGGUUUUUGAGUCAUUAUCUUUAAUUGUACUCUUUGUGAUUGUAUCCUCUGAAGAUUUAAUAAAUCCAGUUUUCUUUGA